AUGCCCUCCCGCAAAUACAAAUCCAAAUCCAAGUCCACCCUCUCCGGCAACCGCUGGUCCAUGUACCCAGCCCUCCACGCCGACGUCCUCACCCAGCUCUCAUCCUCGACCUUCCCAAUCACCUCUCUAACCUUCCACCCCUUCGACGACUCCGAGACAUGCAUAGAAGAAUAUGACACGAACAUCAUGGGUCGAUUCAUCUGCCCGAACAACUCCUGCGGGUCAAGCGGCUGGACGAGCAAGAAGAUCGCCAUCACGAUCCGGCUGUACGAAGGGGAUGAGUACAACGCGCGGGUGUAUCAUCAGCGCUGCAAGGGAUGUAAUGCGCUUAGUCGGCCAUUCCUGGAUGAGAAGAGCUAUGCGGAGAGGAUUGCGUAUCGGAUGAAGAGGUGGUAUGAUGUGGAUGUGGAGAGGCCGGUGUAUAAUGGGAGUGGGAAUUCCAAGCCGCAUAAUAGGGAUUUGUGUGAGGGGUGUAAGGUGGGAAGGUGUUCGUUUGCACGGGAGCGUGAUGUCUUUUUUUUAAGGGGUGGGUUCUUGUGA